CAGACAAGAGCCGGAGUGCGCGGUUUGGCCAAGUGGGGUUUAUCGUAUGCUUUCUUUUUCUAAGUUAUCUGAUUUGUCGUGGAUUUUUUUUCGAGACAGAAUUGUAAACACGGACGGGAGUUUUAUUUUCUUGUUUGUUUGAUGAGAAUUGAUUUCCGAGAAAAUAACAGUAGUUAGCCUAAGCAUGGGAAAGUUGUCUUUCAAGGAUUCUCUCAAAGCUCUCGAAGCUGACAUCCAGCACGCCAAUACUCUUGCUUUAGAUCAUCCGAGGGAGAAUGAUGGAGCUCGUCUUCAGAUGCGACUAUCAUAUAGCCCAGCAGCCCAAAUUUUUCUCUUUCUCGUCCAGUGGACAGAUUGUAACCUUGCUGGUACCCUUGGUUUGCUAAGAAUUCUUAUUUAUCUUACCUAUGCAGAUGGGAAAACCACUAUGUCUGUUCAAGAAAGGAAAGCUAGCAUUGGAGAAUUUUAUGCGGUGAUAUUUCCUUCUUUGUUGCAACUUCAAGGAGGAAUUACGGAUGUGGAAGAUAGGAAACAGAAAGAGGCAUGCACUUUGAGAUAUAGAAGAAAGGAUGAGUUGGGGGAUAAGGGGAAACUCUCAGAAUUUGACAUAGAAAGGGAAGAAGAGUGUGGGAUUUGCCUGGAGAUGAACAGCAAGGUUGUAUUGCCUAAUUGCAGUCAUUCUUUGUGUUUGAGGUGCUAUCAGGAUUGGCUCCGGCGGUCUCAAUCGUGCCCCUUCUGUCGUGGUAGUCUUAAAAGGGUCAAUUCUGGUGACCUUUGGAUCUAUACAGACAACGCUGAUGUUGUUGAUUUAUCCUCGAUUAUGGUUCAGGAUUGCAAGAGGCUAUUCAUGUACAUCGAUAAGUUGCCCCUUGUAGUUCCAGAUCCUGUAUAUAUGACCUAUGAUUCUCAUUUGAAGUAGCUGAUUAUGCACUGGCGUGAGCAUGACUGUACAUGCAUUCAACAGUAACUUUUGAAAUGUAAAUAUCUUGUAAUUACCUACUUUUACUGGUUCAAGACUAAGUUUUCAAAAACAUAACUCAGGCUUGACUUUCAUGGUGAUUUUGUUAAUAGUAAAUGACGUCCUAGAAGUGGGGGCAACGUUUA